UUUAAGUGGUAAGGGCUUUGUCACGUUAGCAACCAGGGAAAUUUUAGCCAACAAUUUGGCCUGGCUCCUAUGUGGGAAAAUAUAUUGUUACAUCAGAUAGCACUACAUUAGCGUUUUCAAUCAAAUACGUCCUUUAAUGAGUGACUUUUUUCUUUUAGAUGCCUUUUUCCGCAGCGCAUGACUAUGAGAACCAGACAAUGGUGAAGAAUAUUUUAUUGUUGAAUUUAUUCAAUGAUUGGUCUUUCAUCACUGCCUUUUUGUUAUCCCUCAUUUAUUGCACUAUCCUGAUUGGCAAUCUCUGCAUUUUUAUCAUCAUUAGGGUUGAAGCACAUCUGCACACACCAAUGUAUUUUUUUCUUAGCAAUCUCUCUGUUUUGGACAUUUGUUACUCCUCCACCACUCUCCCAAUUAUCAUUUUCAAUUGCGCUACCGGCAACAAAAGGAUUUCCUUUGCCAAUUGUAUUGCACAGUUGUAUUUGUUCGUCUCUCUGGGUGGGGCUGAGUGUAUUCUUUUGGCUGUGAUGGCCUACGACCGUUUUGUUGCCAUAUGCAACCCAUUACGUUAUCCGGUGAUCAUGAGAAUGAAGCUUUGCGCCGGUCUUGCAGCUGCUUCAUGGUUGAGUGGGUUCCUCAAUUCUAUCCUUCAUACGGUCAUGACUUCCAAACUUACAUUCUGUCGGUUGGAGGAGAGUAUAAAUCAUUUUUAUUGUGAUGUUCCACCAUUGGUACAAGCAGCUUGUAACCCCACCAAGACCAGCAAAAUAUUAUUAUAUGUUGUCAGCGUGUUCCUUGGCUUCACCCCAUUUCUUUAUAUCGUUAUAUCCUACGUCCACAUCAUCUCCACCAUCAUGAAGAUCAAGUCUUCUGAAGGACGAUCGAAGGCCUUUUCUACCUGCUCCUCCCAUCUCAUCGUAGUCACAGUGUUCUACAGCACAGCCAACCUUAAUUACAUUGGACCAACAGGUUACUCCAUUGAGCUGGAAAAUUUAGCAUCUCUCUUGUACAGCAUUCUGACGCCAACCGUAAACCCAAUAAUUUACUGCCUGAGGAACAAAGACGUCAAAGGGGCUUUGAGAAAACAUUUCCAGAAAUUUUAUUUCAUGACUUACUGAUAACUGUGUGUUUUCAUAUGCCGUAUUACUCUGCCUUCUAAUUUUUUGCUCAAUAAACCUGGAGCAGUACAC